UACCACACUAGGCGAUGUAAGAGUCACCAGUAAUAUAAAACAGUUCGAGAAAAAAUCAAUGGUACAGACAGACGGACGAUAAAUUCAACUCCCUCAAUAUGCAAUUGCAAUUCACAACCCUCGACGUCUUCACGCAAUCCCGCUACGUGGGCAAUCCACUCGCCGUCAUCCGCGUCCCGGCAUCCCUUCGCAACGAGCUUACAGAAGAACAAAAGCAAAAGAUUGCCAGGGAGUUCAACUAUUCCGAGAUCACAUUCCUCCACGAGCCAGCGGAAAGCGAAGACGUAGCAGAUUUUGACAUCUUCACGCCGUCUGCACGCAUGAGCUUCGCUGGCCAUCCAACCAUUGGCACAGCAGUGUAUGUCGCACAGCACAAAGAUGCGUAUCCCCAGAUCAACAAACUCCGCACGGUAGCUGGAUUGAUCCCGUUUGCGUAUGACGCGGACACAGGACGAGCAGCCGUGGCCAUUCCGCAUGAUGUUCACGUCCACCGCGCACGCCUUGCGCACCCGUUCCCCAGUAACAAGGCAAACAAGAGCACCGUUCCUAUCGUCUCAAUUGUCAAGGGCAUGGCCUUUGGCCUCGCGCAACUCGUCGACUUGGAUGCUCUCGGCGCAGUUUCUACCCCUCUCAUCCCACCGGCCGAUCGCUACAAGCGCGAAUUCCUGGAUGCGGGGAGUGGAUGGGAUGUCGGGUAUACUGGCUCCUUUUACUAUGUCGACCUUGGUGUCGAUCCAGACUUACCUUCCUCUGAUUCUGUACGGCUUCUUCGAACACGCAGCAUACCGCUCCACGAGGAUCCAGGAACAGGAAGCGCUAGUGCGGCGCUGUGCUGCUAUAUUGCCUUGUCUGAAGGUGGAAAGGGACUAAAGAAGUUUCAUCUCACACAGGGCGUGGAGAUGGGUAGGCGAUGUGAUAUUUUUGUUGCUGUGAGGAUGAGGGAGGAUGGGAAAGGUAUUGAGGACGUGCAGUUGAGUGGGACGGCGGUAGAGGUCAUGGAGGGGAGCUUGACUGUUGGCUGAUACAAGAGUCCUAGACUUCUAGUAGACGCACAGGAUUAGCUGAUAAUAAAGAACCAGUCACAAAGUUAACCAAAUUGUUAGCAAGUCCCAGUUCCUAUAAUUGCCAGCAAGUUGUCGGCACCAUGGGGCUCAAUAGAAAGAUAGGAUUGUCCCUAUUCGGGAGUCCUUCGGCUUGAAUAUGUUCCCAGUU